GUUCCUUCAGACUUCAGGACUSUGAUCCAGAGGUUUUAUCAGCUUCAGUCUGAGCGGUUAGAGACCUAUCGACUCUUCGAAGAAGGACACGAGGCCUACUUGAGGACGGGACCCCAGUAUGACUUUGAUCACUACAAGCAGCUGGUCCAUGAGAUAACGCAGGCCUUCAGCGGCAUUUCCAAGGAAGUGCUGGAGAUCAAGGAGAGACUCCGUGGCGAGUUUCAGCGACCGGAGCUCGCUGAGCACAUCGAGAAGCUGCAGAGCAAAGAGAAGCAGAAACUUGAACUGACAGCCAAGCUGCAGCUGGCCAGGCAGCAGGCCCAGGAUCAGCCAGAGGAUGAGGACUGUCGAGACCAGAUCCAGGAGAUCAGGCACAAGAUCGUAAAGAACCAAGAGGAUCUGAGUGAGAUCAUGCAGGACUUCAAGUUUGAUUCAGAAGAGUGUGACUGACAGCUGAUGGGUCGCCUCCCCCGCCCUGCUGCAGCCUCUCAUCUUCAGCUGCUCUUAUUGAUCACCUCUGUCUCCACCCAGCUCCCUGCUGCAGUCUGACACCACCCCGUCCUCCAGGGGGACCCUCACGGUCCGGCUCUUUGUGUUCUUAUGUGCGGUCGUGUGUUUGUGUUCCUGCAUUGCUUCAACAAAAUACAAGACUUUCUGUUUACGCUGUGAUAAAAUAUGUAAAAAAAA